AUGCCAACGUGCCCGAGAUGUGGAGAAGACGACGACGACUGUGUAUGCCCGUGCCACGUGAAGGGCUGCACAAGGUGGAUAUCUUGCAGAGUGUGCUGGUCGUGUACACACCACUACUCGUGCUCAGAUACUUCACACCGCACGCCACGCGACAGUGGGGCAAGAAUCCAGCCAGGGGCACAGACAAUAAGUGUCAGUGCAGAUAGACCUAGCAGGGGCAGCAAACCCUGGGCUAGAGGACUGACAUUGGGGUUAGAAGACGGGAGGUUGUGUGUACGCCGCUCGGGCUGGAGGAGCAUACGCUUGCGGAUGGCUAGCGAGAUGCCCUGCAGCUACUUCAGGAUUACCCCCCACGGGAGGACAGACGGUCUACUGCUAGAGGAGCAGUUGGAUAUGUUGUUCCACUUAGGUCGGCUAGUGUCGGAAGGGAGCGUGACCCUAGAGACAGGGCUCGGCCCCAGCAUACGGGAAGGUGGACCCCCCUCCGGGAGCAGAGUUAGGCUGGACACGGAGUUGGUGCUACCUAUUAUCCAAGGACCAGUGGACAUCACUACCAGGGAAGAUUUACAUGUAUUGCCUAUUACGGAUAUGAGAGACAUCGUGAAAGGGAGAGUGUCAGGUGCCUUGACCGAGACCUCGUGGGUACGCGUAUCACCCGCCAGUGGACCGUACACCCGAGAAGACCGGGGAGGGUGCCCGAGGACUAACCCGAUAGGGAAGCUGCGGAAGAUGAGGUUCGGAGACGGAUCAGAAGUGAGGGCUAGCAGGCUCGUGGACUUACAAGGGCCCAGGCAUAUCGUGUUGGGCGUUCCUGAGAGAGUGGCGGGCCGGCUUGACUUCAUUGGAGUGAGGACGGACGACGCCUUACUGAGGGCCGCUCAGGCGUCGGGAGUUACGUAUCUAGAAGCGGGUUACGACGUCGGAACCGAACUACUAGUGUCGGGUCACAGCCCGGAGACCGACCGAGUGGUGGGGACGACGAUAACGCGCCCACCUGAACUGGAAAAGUGGGUAGGCGUGGAAGAGAGGGUGCGAUACUCAAUCGGAAAAAUAGGGCUGUAUAAGACUGGUGAGAGAAUAGACAAGGCCAUGGGUCUACUCCGGUCCGAGCAAGUUGACUUAGCCAGGUUAGCCAGGCUGGCCGGUGUGACCAUGGACGCCGUGCUGCUCACCAUAGACUGUGGGAUGACGGUGCUGAGGGUCAAUGCGGACACCGGGUGCUAUUGCCCCAACAGGCAGACGGACCCCAGAGGAGUAAGCCUGGGGACGCUGACACUAGGUGACGUUAGAGGAAGAACUGUUUUUGCCAAGGGAAGGAUGUUGACUACCCGGGAUGGGAGAAGCCUAUCAUGCGAUAGUACGCACGGCAUCUGGCACUUGGAGGAAGGCGCCGGCGGAAUGUUCCCGGACAUUCCCGCCGAAUCGCAACUGCUAGGAGGCCGUACAGCCACAAGGAACAAGAAUAAGGGACCCAGGGGGAAAGGUAAGCCGGGAACCGCGGGACCAGCCCGGAGCCAGUUACGUCGGCCCAGGUUAGCAGACUGACCCCCGACGACAUACUAGGGAUGACGGGUAAGUGGCUACCAGGUGUACACAAACUUCGAGGACUGUUGCCUUUCGCACAAACGAGGAGCAAGGUGUCAAAGGGUGCGCGGUGCAGGGCGGCGCGCCUUUAUGUAAAACUUUAGCAGUGCAACACUCAGAACACUCAGAUUAGGCGAGCUGGAAGCCUAAUAAUUUGAAAAAUAAUGGUGGCCAUCGGUGCCGCGGCCCGGCCUGAGAAGGGGGCCGUGUGGCCGGAUUUUAAUGUGACUACAAAUUUUGAUUUUAGAAUUACAAUUCGAAUUUAGUUGAAAACUAGUAAUGAGUUCUGGAGCCUUCUAGACGCCCUGGGACGGCGAUAAAAGGGGAGGCUCCACGGUUUAGUGAGGGGGGGGAAAAAAGGAA